AUGACCUCGAGCUUAAUGAUGCCUGUUGGAGGUGAGAGACCUAUCCGUGACAGCUCAACAGGGCGAAGAUGGAAGACUUAUCUGUUUAUUUUGAUAAAUGGUGGGAGAAAUGGUGGCGGCGGAGGCAAUAGUAAGUCUGGCGGUGGCCUCAACUGUGGGACAAGCUGUAAUCGAAGUGCCUUAUUGGAUAAGUGGAAGAUUGAUGCUAAGCCACUAAAAAUUGACAAAUGGGAUGGAUCUGCUGUGAAAAAUUCUCAGGAUGAUUCUGCCAAAAAGGUACUUCUGGAAAAGUACAAGUACGUAGAGAAUUUUGGUUUAACCAAUGGACGCCUCACCAUCUGUACCAUUUCCUGUCUCUUUGCCAUAGUGGCUUUGAUUUGGGAUUAUAUGCACCCGUUUCCAGAGUCAAAGCCGGUUUUGGCUUUGUGUGUCAUAUCCUAUUUUGUGAUGAUGGGGAUCCUGACUAUUUAUACUUCAUGUAAGGAAAGUAGCAUCUUUCUUGUGGCUCACAGGAAAGAUCCUACAGGAAUGGAUCUUGAUGAUACUUGGCAACUGUCCUCCAGUCUCAAAAGGUUUGAUGACAAAUACACUCUGAAACUGACCUUCAUCAGUGGGAGAACAAAGCAGCAUCGAGAAAGUGAGUUCACUAAAUCCAUUGCUAAGUUCUUUGACCACAGUGGGACACUGGUCAUGGAUGCAUAUGAGCCUGAAAUAUCCAGGCUCUAUGACAGUCUCACUACAGAAAGUAAAAUAAAACAGCCGAUUCUUAAUAGCCAUUUUUCUGCUGCAUCAUGUGAAAUUAGAAGUGGCAAGGGGAGGGGAGGGGAAGAAAUAACUUAA